AUGUACAGCAUCAAUUGCAAAGUUUUACCAAAACUGUUACGAUGCGCAAACGAGUGUUCGACCGAUCAUAAUGAUGAACAACUACAGAGAAGUAAGAGCGAAUCAAAUUAGUGAACUCGCAUAUUAUUUUGUCAAUGACGGAGUAUCGAUCACUUGUUUAUAAUAUAAUUAUAUUGUUCAUGUUUUAAUCAACCUAUAUCCUUCUCGAUAUAACCGAGUUUCCGAAUGACUAAUUAAUUUGUUUCUCAUCAAUAUUCUACAAUAUUCCACAAUAUAGAACGUAAUAAUAUUAAUUUAUUAGUGAAAUAUUUAAAUAUGUAUAGUGUCAAUUUAUUCGAUAUACAACGAAACGUACACGUCUGUUGAAAUUAAAAAUUUGUCUGUCUCAAAACCACAUAAAAAUGUUUAUUUAUAUUUCAAUCCUUAUAUAAUAGCAAUAAUUAAUAUGUAGUUUUUUUUAAAAAAAAGUCCUUGAUAAAUAUACCCGCAUCGCAGUUUUUUUUUUUUACGGUUUAGCUUAUUUCCAAAAUUUUCGUUUGGUAUAUCAGAAUAUUAUAUUAUAUAGUCUAUACAUUUAACGGUGUUAUAUUUUUAGCUAACGAACGAUCAUUGUGCGUUUUUAAUUAAAAACAAAUAAUACUAAUAUGUUUAUUCACGAAAAUAGGAUGUUGGCUCCCAUAUAAUAUAAUAUAAAUUUAUCGUUUGUAUCGGUACGCACUGUAAACAUCAUAUAAUAUCAAUAAUAUUAUAAAAUAUUGCAAUCAAAAUAAUGUGAUUUUUUUCUUUUUAUUAUUCUUGACGAGAGAAAAAAGUUAAUUUAAAAUUUUUUUUUUUUAAUUGCCCGUCAUUCACCGUGAUAUCGAAUAAUAUUUUUAAUGCGCGCGCAUAUAUUAUAUUAAUAAUAAUAUGUACUUUAUAUGAGUACCUAUUUCAACACUGCAUUAUCUAAUUUCUGAUUUGUCACGGUGUAUUUUGAAAAGCGGCACGUAUAAUAAUAUUAUUUAAAUGGCAUUCCGGUAAUACACCAUCACCAAAAGUGAUUUAAUUAAUGCUAUAUACGAAUAUGAUAAUAAUACAAUUAACAGUUUCAAAUAAUCGUGUUGUUUCGACUUCGUGUCCCCAGCACCCCCACUUGGAAGUUUUUAGAAAAAACCGAGAAGCAUUUGUAACCGAGAAAUGGAGAACGUUUGUACUAAUGUUUGUACCGGUUUGUACCGUAAAUUUCAUCAUUUGCACCGAAAGCACAAAAAAGUUAGAGCCGUUUUAAAGUGGGGGUGUCGGGGAUAUGCCAGCAUCCCCUCCUAGAGUUAUUAGGAAAAAAACGCAGGCGAUCGUUUGUACCGGGUUGUACCGAAAACUUCAUCGUUUGUACCGAAAACGGCAAAAGUAAAAAACAGUUAUGGGUGUCUUAAGUUUCGUAAGUAAUGACAGCUUGUAUACUUUUGCAAUAAAGCGAAAUGCUCUCUUUGAGGUAGUGAUAGUUGCCUAGUGACAUUACAGUACUGUACUAAAUACUUACACUAUAAUCUACUCACUUUAAGAACGGUACUCGCCAUUUAUGUUUUUCAAAUAGGUUAUGGUACGAAAACUUGUAGCCACUAACCGCCUAACUAAUUCUUAAAAUGAAUAAAGUAUAAACAGUGUGUCCCACAGUAUCCGACGGAUUUUUCUAGCGCUGUUAUAUACAAUUUUCUAAGAAACGACCGUUUUAAAUUCUACUCAAACGUACGAAAAACAACGCUAACGAUUUUUAUUACGAGUACCCUGUGUUAUGUGAUAAUUAUUUGCUACUUCGUUAGACGUCAGUUGACUAUUGAAUCGUCUGGACUUGUCUAUUAGCUAUCUACUACUUAGGUGAGAUAAACUUUUUAUUGUUGUAUAUAACUGUAAACAAUUUAUUAAUUAUUUAUUAUUUAUUAUUUAUUUAUGGCUGAGCUCAAGGGCGUCCAUCUUCGAAAAUCUAGGGAGGGAGACAUUGUAUUUGUCUAUACUAUCUGCAGGGAGGUAAAUCACUAGAGGAAGUUGGUGUACACAUAUUUGGAAAUACUAUGAAAGUACGUGGAUGUACUUGGAAGUAGAGUCGCUGCCAGAUAUACUCGCACGGCAGCGGCAGCACUUUCCAGUAGGUAUAAUUGAAAUUAAUAACGGCAUGUUUCUCUCGCGUGGCACCAAGUUGUUCUUUAUAAAUGUAUAAAAAUUAACGAAAACAUACGGAGUAAGUACCCCUCCAGGUUUCCCAUUAUCGUACCAUUAAAAUUUUUUUGUACAGAAAUGAAAUUGUCAUUUUUUUACUAAUUUUUAGUGAGAAAGACAGUAGGAAAAUGGAUAUCUGCUGUGUAAUCGAUAGUGUCCUAAUUGAAAAAAAAAACAAGAUACGAAACCCAUUUCUGCUACUGUUCAUGCUCUCACAAUAAUAUUAUGUACGUGACUUUGUUGUCUUAUUAAAUAAUAAGACGGGAUAGCCUUCUACUUUGUAUAAAAUCCGUGAUAAAAUAUUGAAAAAAAAAUGCGAUGACGUGGACAUAAUUGUAUGUUUAUACAAUAUGCACACCACGAACAAUCAUGAGAUAAUAAAAUGCGCUCUCGCACGAAAUCGCAAGCUGGCUUCAAAACAGCGAGGUAGUGGGCGUGGCUAUAGUCAACUGCCGCUAUGGCGAUACGGCGCGCAACGCCAUCUCUCGGGCGUUACACCUGUUACCACGAUUAAAGAUCGAGAGGUUGUGCAACGAGCUAUGUUAGUUAGGGUGAGGUGAAUUUUAUGCUAGUAAUUAGUGAAAAUAGUAUAUGUUCUUUAUCAAAACUAUUAUACUGGCUUGUAUACUAGCUUUAAUCAGUAUAACUAUUCAGUAAACUAUUCACAUGAGCUUAAAAACUAGUAUACUAGCUAUUACACCAGAGAUAGCACAAUAACUAGUAUCGUGUGAAACGAAAUUUAAAUAAUGAAAAAUUACGCCAACCUUAACUAAUUAUAAACUAUGACUCUAAAUUGAUUAUAUUGUCUGUGAAUUAUAAUUUAAUUUCUUUUUUUAGGAUUAGAAAUACCAUUUCUAACGUUUGAUGACCCCACAACCCAUUUUAAUAUGACAAUAAUUAUUGGAGCUCAUUUAUCAUUGGAAGGUAUAAAAACAAGAUUUUCUCAUCAAUUUAAUCAUCAUCAUUUUAACAAGAGAAGUCAAUUGUAUUUUGGAUACAUAUCAUGUUUUAAAGCUUAUAAGAAACUCAUGGAGCUCAAUAAGUAUUAUGUAUAAUAGUAAAAGUAAUAAGAUAGAUUGGAUAUAUAUUGAACAAUUAAUUAAUCUGCAAGAAGCUGAAGGAUUGCAUGCUGGAAAAAACUUCGAAGAGUAUAUAUAAACUGGAGAAUGAGACCAAUGAAAGUAAAUAUAGCAGCCCAGACAUUAAGUUCGAGUGUAGCUGAUUCGAUUGAUCUCUGUCAUAACUCAAACAUUAAAGGUUUUGAAAACAGUGAAAAUACAACAGAAUUUAUCUGAAUGGUGGAUAACUGGUUAGACAUAUUAAACUCGAGAAAUCCUUAUGGGUAUGGCUCUAAAGCAUCAAUGAAAAUUAGUAAUCGGCACAUUCGGCGAACAACAUUAAAUAAUACAAUUAGUUAUAUAAAAAGUCUUAAAUGUUAUUUAAAUAAUGUAUUUUUGGUAGAAUAUAAAAAAAAAACUGGUUUUUUGAGAGUAAAAGUUUCAUCAAUUAGCAUCACAAAAGUUUUUGAAAAAUUAAUACCAUAAUUACCUUUUAACAAAAUUACAAAAUUUCGCAAGACCAUAUUGAGUUGUCUUUUAGUGUUGUGCGAGGUAAAGGUGGUCGCUGUAUGAAUCCCACUCCAAGGCAUUUCAGUGUAACUUACAAAAAAUGAUUGAUAUAUCAUCAAAUAAAUACAUCAAGAAAUGUUAGCCUUAGAUAACACUAAGAUAUUGUUAGCAACUCGUAAUCCUAUUCAACGUUAUUCUGAGACUUGAGCUGAACCAGAAAGUAAUCCGAACUUAAUUGACAGAAGGUGUACUAACACUGAAGAGAAGAAAACAGCAUACCGUGAGGACAAUGAAUGUGUUGAAGAUGUUAUCAAUGCUUUACCUUCAUUAAAUGAAAGGACUGGAAUAAUUCUGGCCGAAUUUAAUGAUAUUGGCGUAAAUACUGGAUUAGAGAUGCCGUUUAACUGUGCCUUCUUUGUCUUAUCCGAAUAUGCUGAUAAUGCAGUUGGACUGAUAGCUGGAUAUAUAGUACAUAUGGUAAGUAACCUAAUAAAUUAA